AUGUCUCGUUGUAUAAUCGGUGGUUAUGAGAUCGAAAUCCACCUUGCGCCUUACCAAGUUAACUAUGGCGAUGAGUGUGGUGGAGCUCUUAUACAUAGGAAAUGGGUUCUUACUACAGCUCAUUGUGGCACUAACCAUACCUACAUCAGGGUAGGCAGUAGCCAUCGUCUCCGAGGUCCAAAGAUCCUCGUUAUCUCUCACUUCAUCCAUCCGAUGUAUAAGAAGAAACAUGAGUUUGAUUACGACGUUCAACUGUUGGCCAUCCGUAGCCUCCACUUUAGUAGGAUGGUCUAUCCUAUCAACAUCAGUGAGCAUUUUGGACAAAAUAUUUAUGUGGCUGGAUGGGGCUAUCAGAAGGAACGUGGCGAUUACCACGACACUCUUCAACAAGCCAUGAUCACGAUGGUGCCUAUGAAGGAGUGCCAGACUGUGAAGAAUAAGUGGUAUAAUCACAGCCUAACGCCUAGAAUGUUCUGCGCGGGUGGAUGGGGACGAGAUGCUUGUCAGGGCGACAGUGGUGGUCCAGCAGUGUCCCGUGGGAAACUCGUCGGCCUCUCGUCUUUCGGCUUCGGUUGCGGGCGACGAAUGCCUGGAGUUUACACCAACAUCUCUGAGAGCAGUAUUAGAGAAUGGAUCAGAGAGCAUACUGGUGUUUAG